AUGACGGCAGAGCCCUUAACACGGCUCUUGACGGAGCUGCACCAGAAGUUCAUAUUGAAUCUGGACGACCACAAGGACAAUUUAGGCUACUGGACGUUGCAGCACUUGAAAAUGAAUGGUGUCUUUUGGGGCCUUAGCGCCAUGGAACUGAUGGGUCAAUUAGAUAAAAUUAAGCGGGAAGAUAUUAUUACUUUUGUGCUUGCGUGCAUGAAUAGCGACGGUGGCUUUGGUGGGAACCUGGGGCAAGACUCCCACAUGCUUUACACCCUGAGUGCCGUCCAGCUGCUCUGCCUCUUCGGCGCCCUGGACUCCAUCGACAGGGAGAAGUGUGCCCGUUGGGUGGCAUCCAUGCAACUCCCCGAUGGAUCCUUUCAGGGCGAUGAGUGGGGGGAGGUAGACACCCGCUUUGUCUACAUCGCGCUGAGCUGUUUGCAGCUGCUUGGAAGGCUCCCUCUCAUUGACCUGGAGGCGGCUGUCCGUUGGGUGCUGCAGUGCCAAAACUGGGAUGGGGGGUUUGGGGUUGCCCCAGGGGCCGAGAGCCACGCAGGUCAGAUAUUCUGCUGCGUCGGGGCUCUUAGUAUCGCUAACGCGUUGCAUCACAUUGACAAGGAGCAGUUGUCAGCUUGGCUGGCUAUGCGACAGCUUCCAUCUGGAGGGUUGAAUGGCCGCCCUGAAAAAAAGGCGGAUGUGUGCUACAGCUGGUGGGUCGUGUCAUCUCUCGCUAUGCUUGGGCACGCGGAUUGGAUUGACCGCAAGACUCUGUUUAACUUUAUUUUGGCCUGCCAGGAUGCCGAGGGCGGCGGGAUUGCGGAUAAACCCGGGAAUAUGGCAGACGUGUACCACACCUUCUACGGUCUCUGCGGGCUGAGCCUCCUCGGGUACGAGGACCACCCGCUGAAUGAGAUCAACCCCGUCUACUGCAUGCCGUACUCGGUGCUGGAGGGGCUGGGCGUGCCGGAGGAGAGGGGGCUGCACGUCGGCAAACGCGCUGCUGGCGGUUGCCCCUAA